UAUGUCAUGAACUCGUGGUCAAUGGUCAUGUCAUAAUAAAUAAAGUACCAAGUAUCGAGUAUUUUUAUUUCACUAAUUUAAUUGGUUUCUUCUUGUUUGAAAAUAAUUAUCCAUUAAUGUGCAUCGUGGUAAUGUAGCGAACACAAAAAAAUGGCAGAAGGAAAUAGGCGCAGUCAAAUAUUUACCGGUGCGCGGGUGUUAGGUUAUGUCAGUACACACAUACCUUUUGUAUCCAGAUUUAUUAAGAGAAGAGGCGAAACAUUGUUAUGCACGAGUGUAGGAAAAUGGUUUCAUACGUACGGAUGUGAUAAGUUCCGUUUGUUGAGCGUAAGUGGGGAACAUCCAGGUCCCAUAACAUGUAUGAGUGGCGACUGCUAUCACGUGUACACAGCUAGCGAAAACAAUAUUUACGCUUGGAGACGAGGCUGCGAACUUAAACACGUGUAUAAAGGACACCAGGCACCUGUACGCAUAAUCUUACCUUUCGCUAUACACAUAAUAUCUAUAGACACAGAUAAUGUUCUGAAAAUAUUUGAUAUAAAAGAAGAAACAGAAUUUCUUGAUCUGCGGUUUGAAGCAAAACACUUUAAGGUAACGACAUUAUGUCAUCCGCCUACUUAUCUCAAUAAAAUACUGCUCGGCAGCAAACAAGGUCAGCUGCAGUUGUGGAACAUAAGAACUUCAAAAUUAGUGUAUUUAUUCAAAGGAUGGAACUCUGCGGUUAAUGUAACAGAGCCAGCACCUGCCAUAGAUGUGGUUGCCAUUUCUUUGGCUAAUGGGAGAAUUAUUCUUCAUAAUAUCCGCUAUGAUCAGAUAGUUAUGGAAUUUCUCCAGGACUGGGGUAAAGUUAGUUGCUUAUCAUUCCGAAUGGAUGGAGUACCAUUAAUGGUAACUGGCAGCACAAAUGGAAACCUAGUCAUGUGGGAUUUGGAAGAAAAAAAAGUGAAAUCACAGAUACAGUCUGCUCAUUUUUCAAAGAUAGCCGGCCUGCAAUGUCUCAUGUCAGAACCGUUGAUGGUAACUAAUUCUCAAGACAAUUCUUUGAAGAUGUGGAUAUUUGACAUGCCUGACGGUGGAGCAAGACUGCUAAAAAAGAGAGAAGGUCAUGCUUUACCUCCAAACCUGGUGCGGUACUGUGAGCCGACGGGUGAAAAUAUCCUUGCUGCAGGCAGAGAUAGUAGCCUCCAUAUCAUGAAUACAGUCACUGAAACCUUUAAUAAGAGUAUGGGAAGAGCAUCUAAAAAUAGAAAACUUUCAAAGAAGAAAAAAAGUACCCAAGCAGACUAUCUCAUCCUACCACCAAUAAUAAAGUUAAGUUCCUGCAUGCAAAGGGAUAAGCAAUGGGAUAGCAUUGCAUCACUUCACGAGAAUCAGUACCUAACAACAACAUGGUCUUACAACAAAAUCCGUAUGGGCAGCCAUAUACUGAAGCCCCCAGGAGUACAGAAGGAUGUAGUAGCAACUUGUUUGACAGUUACACAUUGUGGGAAUUUUGUUAUUAUAGGCUACAGCAAUGGCCAGGUCCACAAAUUCAACAUGCAGUCUGGCAUAUACAGGGGACACUAUGGCGAAAAGGGCAAAACAGCUCAUAAAGGAGCUUUAAGAGGAGUUGAGACUGAUUUGUGCAAUCAGAGAGUGAUCACAGUUGGUGCUGAUGAAAGACUCAAGUUUUGGCAUUUUAAAGAUGCAACCUCUCCUUAUUACGUGCUAAGAUUAGAGGAAACAGUGAAUAUGACGAGAUGUCACAGGGACAGUGGUUUGCUGGCGUUAGCAAAUGAAGACUUCACCAUCACCCUCGUCGAUAUUGACACAAUGACUGUGGUGAGGAAGUUUGAAGGCCACAUGGGGAAGAUUAAUGACAUUGAUUUUGAUUGCCAGAGUCGAUGGCUGGUUACUUCAUCAAUGGACUGUACAAUAUGUACAUGGGACAUACCAAGUGGGCAACUUGUUGAUAUAUUCUCUUUGGAGAAGCCGUGCACAUCGCUGAGUAUGUCGCCCACGGGAGACUUUCUGGCAAGUACCCACGCGGGCGAGCUUGGAGUGUUUCUGUGGGCCAACAAGCUGCUAUACGAUAAAGUGUUCCUCAGGCCCAUCGAUAGACGCACCGUUGAUAUACCGCGCUUGAAACUACCAACAACGGCUGCAGAAAAACCAGAUAUUGAAGACCUCGGCAUCAUCGACAUAGGCGACGAACCGGAAUACAAGUCUCCGGAACAGAUUAGUGAAGAGCUUCUCACUUUAUCCGGUCAACCCACUUCAAGAUGGCUGAAUUUACUCAAUUUAGACAUAGUCAAAAGGCGCAAUAAACCGAAGACACAACUAACCGUGCCCAAAUCAGCCCCAUUCUUCUUACCAACGAUUCCUAGCCUUGAACUAGAGUUCGAUUUAGAAACAGAAAAACUUAGCUCCGACAAAAAGCUUCUGAUUCCCGAGUCGUUAUCAACAUUAACUCCUUUCGCUAAGAAACUUAACGCUUGCGAAAAUUAUGGAGAAUAUAAGGAAUGCUUAGAGAAGUUAAAAAUACUUUCUCCAUCUUCGAUUGAAGCUGAAGUAGUCAGUAUGGCGCCAGAUGUUGGAGGGUCGAUAGAUGUUAUGAACCAAUUUCUCAAAAUGAUCGACGUAUUAUUGAAAUCGAACAAAGAUUUCGAGUUGGCUCAAUCGUAUUUGAGUUUGUUUCUGAAAGUGCAUACAAAAACUAUUUCGGAAAACGAGGAGUUGAGAAAAACGCUCGAAUCUGUCGAAGAGUCGGCAACGCAGGCUUGGUCCAAAUUGCAAAGUCAUUUGUUGUACAAUAUUUGCGUGGUUAAAGCAUUAAAGGAUAUGUAAUUAUUUUUAGA